AAUAAAAUGCUAAAAAUGCCUUUCAGACCCAUUAUAAAUUAUCAACACCGGCACAUAGACAACAAUCUUCAGUUACACCAAACGAAGUCAACAACCAUGAUUAAACAACAUUUACUCUUGCUUUUCACUCUACUAUCGUGCGCCUACCUACACACAGUCUUUUCUUUCUCACCCAACGACGCGUAUCCCGCCGCCGUCGAUGGCUCUUGCAGUGGUCCAAUCUCCACUGACGAUGACCUCCUUCUCGUCCCUAACCGGAGAGAAGUCUACGGAAAGGGAAAAAUCAUCGACAUCAGCCACGUGUACGUGAACGACAUGCCGUCCUGGGAUUCCAAGGACGGGAUCGGACAGUUUAUCUGGCUUUUUGAGAGUUUGAAGAAUGGUUCGAUCGCGAAUUUCUCCAAGUUCAAGCUGUCUGUACACUCCGGUACCCAUGUGGACGCGCCGGGCCAUGUUUACGAUCACUAUUACGAUGCUGGAUUUGAUGUUGAUACUCUGGACUUAGAAGUUCUUAACGGGCCAGCGCUGUUAGUUGAUGUGCCAAGGGACAGUAACAUAACCGCUGAAGUUAUGAAGUCUUUGAAAAUUCCCAAAGGAGUGCGUCGUGUGCUUUUCAGAACGCUGAACACUGACAGGAAUCUUAUGUUAAAAAAGGAGUUCGACACAAGCUAUGUUGGGUUCAUGGAAGAUGGGGCAAAAUGGCUUGUAGAGAACACAGACAUUAAACUUGUUGGACUGGAUUACUUGUCUGUUGCUGCAUAUGUUGAGGCAAUUCCAACACAUCUCGUUUUCCUUAAAAGCAGGGAAAUAAUUCUAGUGGAGGGCCUAAAACUUGACGAUGUUAAAGCAGGAUUGUAUAAUGUGCAUUGUUUGCCUCUUAGGUUAGUUGGUGCUGAAGGAUCACCAGCAAGAUGUAUUCUCAUCAAUUGAUAUUUACAGCUCUCUAAUUAUCUUGGCUUCACGUCAAUGACUGAAUCUGUCUUUGUUAAGUAUUUUGUGAAUAACUCGAGAGGUUAUGCUCUUUGUUAAAAUAAUUAUGAGAUGCUUAUAAUUAAAGAUAUGAGAUAAUUCAAUUUUUAUAUUUUAUUAGUA